GGAGCAGGGGCAGGGAAAUUCAUAGCCUGGGAGCAGAAGCAGUCAGUGUCCGUUCAUCCCUCGGACACGUCGCAGCCUGAGGAGGAGGAGAGGGAUCCAGAGCCGACGCCGUUUGGACUGUACCGGACCACCCAGCCUCAACCAGGAUGAACUUUGCCGCUCAGUUAUUCUACUCCAGCUACUUAAGCGAGAGACUUGAGCGACUGUACUCUCCCAGGCUUGCACUCAAAGACAGCGAGGAGAAUGACCCCUUCUGGCAGAGAGAUGAGCUCCGUCUGGGCCCCUGUCAGCCCGGCUGCUCUUAUAAAUGUGGUCCCAUCAGUAACGGCACAGCGGGACGCAGACCCACCCUCAUUGAACCAGAGCGCCUCAAGGACUUUGGCGAGGAGGAGCUGCUCAACGGGGAUGUGAAGGUCUACGAUACCAAGGUGGUGGGGUAUCCGGAGAUCCUGCUCCUGGACCCUCCAAAGACCAGAAGACUCAGCGAGUUCAGGGCCGUCCCCAGACCACCGGUCCAGUACAUCCGCUUCGAGGACAUCAGUGCUGCAGCCUUCAGGAUCCAGUCAGGGAUACAGAAAACGCCCUGUACGUACUCCAGACUGUCCAAACAGUACGGUAUGGAGAUCUACCUGAAGAAGGAGCACCUGCACUACACCGGCUCUGUGAAGGAGCGAGGCGUACUCUACCUGCUCACCUCCCUCACACAGGAGCAGCAGAGGAAGGGGGUGAUCGUGGCUACUGACUGUAACUUCUCCAUGGCCGUGGCCCAUCAUGCAGUGGAGCUGAAGAUCCCGGUGUUCGUCAUCAUGCCGUCCUGCUGCUCGUCGCCCCGCCUCAGGACCUACAGAGACUACGGCGCCAUGGUCAUCUCCUACGGCAGCACCGGCCGCGACUCCCAGAACCACGCCCGCCACCUGGCCAAGGAGAACGGAUACCUCUACCUGGAAGAAGAUGAAAGUGCAGUGUACCUGGCUGGACUGGGGACUGUAGGGAUGGAGAUCUUUGAGCAAGUGCCCAAACUGGAUGCGGUGGUGGUGCCUGCAGCCGGACAGUAUGGUCUGCUGGCCGGGACAGCAGCCGCCAUCAAACACCUCAACUCCAACAUCCUCGUCAUAGGAAUUGAACCAAACAGUUUCCCUCUCCUGCUACAAUCUCUGAAAACGGACAAUCCAAUAAAAGACAUGAACUGUCAACCCAAUAAGAAACUCUACGGAGAUCUCAUGGAACGUUCACUGGGCAUUAACACCUUCCACUUGGCAAAGAAACUGGUCGAUAAAGUCAUCUCUGUCAGCGAGGAGGACUCUCUGGUGGCGAUGCUGAGGUUCCAGGAGUUCGAACGCUCCACCGUGGACACUGAAGGCGCCAUGGGAUUGGCUGCUAUUUUAGCCGGACAGUUACCAGAGCUGAGGGGGAAAAGGGUCGCUGUGGUGGUGAGCGGUGCUAACAUGGAGCUGGAGCUGGUGAGGCAGUGUGUGGACCGGGCCCUGGUUCUGGACGACCGGGUCAGUAAGUUCUCGGUGCAGCUGGGGGAAUGGCCCGGGGACAUGGCCAAGCUGCUGGACGUCCUGUCCAGAGAGGACGUCAGGUUGUUGGACGUCUUCCAUCGGAGACAUGGAGACAAGUCUGACUUCUUCAAGGCAAAGGUGGAGUGUGUGGUGGAAACCAGGGAUAAGACACAAAGCGCUCAGCUGCGUAAGACGCUGAGCGAGCGCUACCCUACUCUGUGCUGGCUGGACCGGUGAUCCCAACAACGCAAACAUAUUCACAAUAGGAAACGAAUGGUGGUGAUGCAAACACAUUCUGUAACUGUCAGAAGUGAACUAUGUUUUGACUGUUGAGCAAAUCUAAUACAGAACAGCCUUGAGAUUACAUAGAGCAAAUAUUAUACACAUUACUUUGACUACUUAUGCUGCUAUUCUUCUCUAAUCAUGGCGCCCUGUAAUUACAGUGAAGUGGUGAAACUGCAUUGUCAGGAUGAAUAUAGUUCUUAUAGUCUAUCAUUAAUCACAGAGUGUGAAUCAUUACUUAAAUACAGCUCUCUUGACAACAGCAGAAGAAGUUUUUCAAAGGGUAUUGUUUUGUAUAUAUUUCUGUAUUUAUACUGUCUGAGGUGGUAGCAUCGAUCACAGUAAAUAAAAGUGAACAAACUCUAAGA